AUGGCUCGCGCUGUAAUCGCGGCUCUCAAGGAUCUCCAGAAGGAAAUAAGGUCUCUCAAACUCGGGAAAGAUGUCACAGUUGUCGCAACCGAGCUGGAACAAGCAACAGACAAGUUGAAAUCCGCCAAUAACCAGCUCGACGAUGCACAAGCUCGAGAACUAUUCAUACUCUUCGACAGUAGACUUGAGCCUUUGUACAAGACAGCUUGCAGAGCAACCGUCCAGUUUUCAGCAUCCUACUUCUCAGCAAUUACUGCCUUCUUUGCAACCCAUAAAACAUCCAGACUUUGGCAACGGGUAGCGUGCGGCUUGCUCCCGGCCAUUACGUCAUACGCAUUACAACCUGAUGAUGAGACGCAGCAAUGCGUUGGUCUUCCAAUGACCUUCGUAUCAAAACUAUGCUAUACUCUGAAUUGUGACUCUUCACCUCAAAUGUCUAUAACUCUUCGAGACGAUGCUAUAACCUGUCUCGAUCAGAGUCUUCGAGUACAACCAGAGGUUAAAGAGUGGUUAUUGGAUCCCAAAAUACUCGGAAUUAACGCACUUGCGAAACUGUUCGCGAGCAUAACCGAAUUCCGCGUGAUGGACAGUUUCCUCCAGCUGGUGACUCGCAUCGCGCCUUCCAGAAAGGACGUUCCAGCGAGGACAAAGUUUUUUCGUUCCAUAAUGUCCAUGGUGGCGGACAUCAUGGGGGCCCAUAAACUAUGGAAGGAGAGAUUUGAUCCCAUUCAUGCACGAAUUUCCCAGCAUCCAAAAAGACCCAAACGAUUCGUGAUUGGGGACGCUGUUCUCACAGGGAAUGCAUACCCGAAGGACAAUGUUCUUAGACUCUUCAUCGACUCUGAGAUCAACCUGGUGAUAGAUACGGCUUCGGAUGGUCACGAAGUCAAGACGAUCAAGUUUCAGGACGUCAUUAAGUCUCAAGUGAUGAUGGAGACAGCCGAAGAGCAUCAGAUCGUGAGACUAGAGAUCCAAAAGGUUCUAUUCGCAACCAAGGAUGCCAAAAAUGCAGAGAACAUCUGCUUUCGACUUCCCUUGGCUGAAGCGGAAAAACUCAGCAAAGUGCUCGCAUCCAGGGCAAUUCGUACCGUUACAAUUGCCUCCGAAGCUGCAAGGCCUCCGAAGCAAUCACUUUCUCAGCACCCGACCACGUUGGAGGCCGCUAAUGAUCAAUUAGCUCCUUCAAUCACGAAUAAAACAGAAGCUAUAGAAAAAUACUACAACUCUGCAUCAAAGUCGCCCCAAGGUGGUGUGAAGGCGAUGGACAGCUCAGAUUCACCUGAAGGAAUCGCCGUAGCCUCGAAGCGACUCGAGCUUGAAUGCCGGCACCCCACAUACGAGUCGGAUAAUGACGAUGGCACCUCGGACCUGACAUCUCUUGACGAAGACCCACCAAAAGAGACGCGAAACCGACCUCUCUUCAAACCAGCUACUCGAGGCCGUGCGUUGAUACCCAACAGUCAGAACGACGAUGAAAUAAUCCUCAAGCCUCUCUCAUUGAAACGUGCUCGUGCAGCAUUGGGACUCCGUGACGACGAAGCAUCUCGAAACUCCAAGAGGCCGCGCACAGGAAUCAUCGAGAAGACGGCAGUUAUCAUAAAUACAGAUGAUCAAAGCUCUCCCCUACCUACGAGACGUAUCUCCAGUUCGCCAACCUGGGCCACUGAACUGUGCCCAGUGGAAGAGCCAGCAAACACAGGAGCUCUCAAUGUACAAGCUAUCGAUAACGAGGACGACCCAUCUGCCCAAAUGCGCCUUCAUGGCCACCAGACUGUCCCCAAGCAAGCACAGCAAACCCGGAUCAAGGGAAUGAAGGCGAUGGACGGAGGAACGGCCAGUCCUCGGCCCAUUCCGAAAGUUGAGCAAGCCCUAAAGGAAGCUGUCGCCAAGCGACACAGCGAGCCGCCACUAGCAUCUGUUCGGGAGGCACUCUCGGAUGUCAAAACGAUAGCAAAAAACACGAAUGGCAAUCAAAGGACGAAGAAGAGACUGGAGAAAGCACUAUGGGAGGCUGAAGACUUUUCUCAGAAACUUGCCGCUCUCAAAGAGGACCUGCCGAAAUCGUCUCCCUUGCCGACUGAUGUGAAUAAUGUUUCCAGGGACGAGGCGUCUCCAAUCCCCGUAAACGAAUACUUGCAAGGUGGUCAAGAGAUAAUCAUAGACGAACCAGGAUCAGUGCAUGACCAAAUCAAGCCCCAGUCUGGCCCAAGUCCGAAACUUCAAACGGGUUUACAUCUCGGCGAGUCUGAUCCUCCCACUUCUCCCAUUCACCCAAAAAUGUCCUUGAAGCAAAAGGAGCGUGAUGCCGUGAUUCAAUCGCGCAGGCAAGAAGUCAAGGAGCUACGUCUUGAUGCAUCGGACAAGUAUCCUACCGAAGCGGAUUCGGAGAAAGUUCUUCCACAUGCAAACGUCUCAACGGGUGUAGAGAACAGCAUGUCAGCCGCGUUGCGAUUCAAGCGCGUACAGCCAGAACAAGCAUCUUCUCGACUUCCCAUCACAAAAGUCAAACCCAACGUCACCUUUGCUGACGGGUUCACCGCUUUCUCCAAACCAAACACUCUUAUAGUGCAGCAUACCAAGGAAAAGGCGAAAAAUCCUAUGCGUAAACCAGUUACUCUUUGGGUUAGACCUCCUGUCCGAAAGCUGGCCAUUCCAGAUGCCGAAGACAGUGAUAAUGAAGAGGCAGAAGAUGAGAAGGAAACAGAAAUGGACAAAGUCGCAAAGGCCCUGACCGCAAUUAACGAGGUGAUCAUUGAUAAUAUUGAACGCAAGGUGAUCGGCAUCCGUCAAGAAGCCAGAAUUGCUCGUAGGCAAAUCAUGACCGAGGCGGCUGAGGAUCUUCGUUCUAUGCGCAAAGUCUUGGAACAUUCCUCACACACUCUGCGUAGUCUCGAUGAGGCAUAUGGUCAAGUCGGCCAUGAUGUGAUCCUCUCUUUCGAAGAUCUGGACCGCGUCAAUGAGAGAAUCAAAGGUACCAUCUCUGGCAUAAUCUCAGGGCACAAGCGCAUGGUCGAGGCCACAGGUCGUAAAACGCUCUUCACCGACGCUCUUCCGGGCUGUCUCACGACAAUCUGA